GCUUGGAGACUUCGCACCACCCAAAGCGGCCUCGAGGACAAACACCAAGAAACGCACACACCCUUCUCUUCCUCCCCAUUGCGUGAUUUCGUCGCUUGCGUGCGCAUUUGCACCGGGUCCAAUCCAUCCCCGCGCAGUAGCUGCCCCUGAUCUUGCGACCCGCUGCCCGGCGCAGAUCGGCGGGCCCUCGGAAGGCUCGCGCUCUGAGAAGGUGGUGAUCACUCCUGCAUCAAGAAGUGUAUUUCUGCUCGGGCGCUAAGUGCACUGUGACCUUUACAAGCAAUCUUGUGUUCUCAUGGCUCAGUCUCAUGGGAUGAUGAGUAGGAAACCUCCAGGUUUUCGGUUAUUUGGAGGUGCCAAUUCGCUAAGAACAUACCAGACACUAGUCCUGGUCCUCACAUUCUUUGCAUACACUUGCUUUCAUAUGGCCCGGAAGAUCACAAGCAUUGUUAAGAGUGCACUUGAUCCCCAGACAAAGGUUGGGUUUUCUCACUGGGGACGAUUGCACACACGCAACACUCUUAACAUUGGUUGGUUGCCAUUUAACACUGUUGAUGGAUCAGCAUUGCUUGGUGAGAUUGAUGUUGCAUUCCUUGCUGUGUAUUCUAUCGGGAUGUUCUUCGCGGGACAUCUUGGUGACCGCAUGGAUUUAAGGAUCUUCUUGACAAUUGGCAUGCUUGGGACUGCCGUAUUCACUACCCUCUUUGGUGCUGGAUAUUGGCUGAAUAUCCACAGCUUCUACUAUUUCUUGGUUAUUCAGAUGAUUUCUGGUCUGUUUCAAUCUAUUGGAUGGCCUUCAGUAGUUGCAGUUGUUGGAAACUGGUUUGGGAAGAGCAAGAGGGGGCUAAUCAUGGGAAUAUGGAAUGCACAUACUUCUAUCGGGAACAUAGCCGGUUCAUUGCUUGCUGCAUUCCUGCUGAAGUUUGGCUGGGGAUGGUCAUUUGCCAUCCCUAGCCUUAUCAUGGCUUUUGUUGGGUUGAUAGUAUUUAUUUUCUUGCCGGUUAAUCCUGAAGUAAUGGAAAUAGGCAUUGACGGUGGGGAAAUAAACUGUGAGAAGGAUACUGUGAAGGAGCCCCUUUUGGAACCAGGCCAAGAAGUGAAACAUCAGGCAGUAGGUUUCUUAGAGGCGUGGAGGAUUCCUGGAGUUGCACCAUUUGCUCUUUGCCUCUUCUUCUCCAAAUUGGUUGCAUAUACCUUCUUGUAUUGGUUACCAUUCUACAUCACCCAUACACCUAUUGGCAGUGAGUACCUCUCCGAUGCUAUGGCUGGCAGCUUAUCAACAGUCUUUGAUGUUGGUGGCGUGUUGGGAGGAGUGAUUGCCGGUCACAUCUCCGAUCGCUUAAAUGCACGAGCAGUCACAGCAGCUAGCUUCAUGUAUUGUGCGAUACCUGCCCUAUUCUUGUACCGCACAUAUGGAAGCAUGUCGAUAAUGUGGAACAUUUGCCUCAUGUUCAUCACUGGCAUGUUUGUGAAUGGCCCUUAUGCCCUGAUCACAACUGCAGUGUCAGCUGACCUUGGCACCCAUAGCUCAUUGAACGGCAAUUCUCGAGCUCUGGCCACUGUGACAGCAAUCAUUGACGGGACAGGGUCUGUUGGUGCUGCCAUCGGGCCGUUGCUGACUGGAUACAUCUCAUCUCAGAGCUGGAGUGCUGUGUUCACAAUGUUGAUGGCAGCAGCUCUGCUUGCUGGGCUCCUCUUGACACAGCUUGUAUGCGCCGAGCUAAGAGGAAAGAUGGCCCCCAAUGUGAGCAAGAACGCCACUGAUGCACAAGGUAGCUACUCAGAUGAAGUGUAAGUGCAAUCUGGUUGUGCUUGAGAUAGGUUGAUGCACUAUGGAUUAGAGUUCUGUAGUUCCAGAAAGUGCCUGGCAAGAAGUUGCAGUUCCCGCUUCUCACCACCUUUCUUAAUCACUUCUGAUCUGAGACCGAAAAAAAAGGCAAAGAGAUGUAGCUGCUGAGUGACUUGCUCAGUGCAGCUUCAGAUAGUAUUUUUCUUCUCUUCAAGUAUAGAGGCAGCAGAAGAUAGAAGUGUGUGCUUAGAUUAGUUUUCAGCUUUAGAAGAUAGAGAUGAAUACACCUUAAAAGUUGCAGAGCCCAAGGCUCUUUUUAGGCGCCUUGUAAAUAUAUUGGGCCUGUGUUGGUUGCAUUACUAGAUAUGUAAAGCUUGUAUGUUAUUGUUGUUUUGAUUAGUGUAGAUAAAAGGGAACUCCCUUCGUACAAGAUGAUACUGGAUUGGCCGACUCUGCAUUUGCUGGGAAUGUUGGCCUCCUUUGUUACAUGUAAACAGUAUGCGGAGGAAAUUACGAAAUUUUUUAAUUGAGGUUUCAGGAAA